GAUGGAUUAAGGCACAUUUUGAUAGCAUGAGAAGUCCAGCUGUACAUAGUGAUUUCUUAUAACAUCUAUAGCUCAUGCCUUCGUUUUCGGAGCCACCCACACCAAUUCAUGAAGUUGAUUACCUGGGCACUCAUUUGGAGACCACUUCCUGCGAUGAAAUCAACAAUAUGAAGUCGUUUGGAAAAUCCAGAGUGCUUGCCUCCGCAAGAUAUAAUUGCUUGAAGAGAAAACGCGAAGAACUCGCGAGAUUUUUGAAAGAACAUGAUGGUGACCUUGAAAAUUAUGUUGGUAAUCUUCGCAGUUUUGCUCGUUCAAACGGUGGGCUGGUUCUUGAUCAGUAUAGGGCCAAAAUAUGGCCUAUACUGGCAAGGCGACUUGUUUCUGAUGAAGAGGAGGACGACGAUGAUUACGAUAGUCUUUCGUACACUUCAGACUCGACUUCUUCAAUAAUGUCUUCUUCAACGCAGGACUCUGUAGAACCAGAAGACGACGAAGAGUUACGAAAGCAUCGAGAAUGGCAUCAGGUUGAGUUAGAUGUGCAACGAACGUUAGCUCGUUUCCCUCCAAACAUAUCGGACGAACGCAGAUCUACAUUACAAGAUCAGCUGACACCUCUAAUAAUUCGUGUUCUGAAAAGCAACGAACGAUUCCAUUAUUAUCAAGGAUUCCAUGACGUGUGUCUUACAAUUCUUUUGGUGUGCGGAUACGAAAGCGCCCUCGAGGUGUGCAAAAAUCUAGCUCGUCAUGGUCCGUUCCGUUCGUAUCUGCUGAAGUCAUUGGAACAAAGUGUGCUUAGAGAGCUUGAUCUUUUGUACGUGAUUUUGUCUCGGGUUGAUCCGCAGCUCGAAACGAUCAUGCGUGACGUACAUCUCGGCACAAUGUUCGCGCUUAGUUGGCCUUUGACUUGGUUCAGUCAUGCACUUGAGCAAUAUCAACAAAUCGUACGGUUUUUCGACGUCUUCUUAGCUUCGCCGCCAUUGACCCCGAUCUACGUAUGUGCAGCUGUAGUUCUGAAAAGAAAAACUGCCAUAGUCACCAGCGAACGGGAAAUGCCAAUCAUACACCAGCUGUUAUCCACAAUGCCUUACGAACUUCAUUCGGAUGCUAUACUAUCAGAUUCCCUAUAUCUUGCGUCACUAAUGCCACCAUUUGCACUGAAGACUGAGUUUACGCGAAUCUACAAGGAACAAGUCAAAAACCGCAGUCCUGUCCAUAGAUGGGGUCCGGUUUCGAGAUAUGCAAUAACAAUGGUAGCAGCAGCUGGGGUUGCAGGUGCCGCAUACUAUUUCAACCUUGGAGAGAAGUUUGCAUUGUAAUUUUGCAAUCAUGCGUUUUCUGUGAUUAUGCAUGUAUAUAUACUAUAUGGGUAUUUUCACUUCAGUGCUGGGAAUGUACUCUUCUAAUUCAUCGCUGAUAUGUAUCUUGCACUUGUGCAAAUUCUCCUCGAAAUACAGCUGUUUUUGUCCUUUCUUGCCAUAGUUAUCCUAUAUCAGAUUGUAUUAUCAUUUUCAGGACUGUGAAAGUUCAAGUCCUCUGCUGUCAUAAUUGCAAAUAUGUCAGAUCUUUAUGUAACAGUAAUCUUCUGUCAACAACAACAACAACAACAACAACAACAAGUAACACAAAACGAUUCGCACUGUGAGGAGAAAUGUAGGUCACUCGUAAAAUCGUGACAUUGGCGGCGUCCGCGCACGUCGAGUUGUAGUUUCGACAGU